AUGUCUAUCAGCCCAAAAGUCGAAAAAAAACCAAUCAACUUCUCCAACAUCUUGCUUGGUGCAGGUCUCAAUUUGGCGGAGGUGACCACUUUGGGUCAACCUUUGGAAGUGGUGAAAACCACCAUGGCGGCUAACCGUGGCUUCACGCUUUUGCAGGCCACAAAACACGUGUGGUCGCGUGGUGGUGUGCUUGGAUUCUACCAGGGUCUUAUUCCAUGGGCUUGGAUCGAGGCGCUGACGAAGGGUGCUGUGCUUUUGUUUGUCUCUGCGGAGGCCGAGUAUCAAUUCAAGAACUUGGGAAUGAGUGGGUUUUUGGCAGGAAUGGGAGGUGGUGUUGCCGGUGGUGUUGCGCAAGCCUACCUCACCAUGGGUUUCUGUACGUGCAUGAAGACGGUCGAGAUCACUCGUGCUAAGCAGGCGGUUCUGGCUGCUGCUCAGCAGACCUCGUUCCAGGUGUUCCAGGAUAUAUUCAGAAAGGAGGGUAUUCGCGGUAUCAACAAGGGUGUCAACGCGGUGGCCAUCCGUCAAAUGACCAAUUGGGGUUCUAGAUUUGGUUUCUCCCGUUUGGCCGAGGAUGCCAUCAAGAACUUGACCGGAAAGGGUGCCGAUGACAAGUUGAAUGCCGUUGAGAAGAUCGCUGCUUCUACCAUUGGUGGUGGUUUGUCUGCAUGGAACCAACCCAUUGAGGUGAUCCGUGUGGAGAUGCAAUCCAAGACUGCUGACCCUAACCGUCCUAAGAACUUGGGUGUUUUCUCUGCUGCCAAGUACAUCUACUCUAACAACGGUGUCAAGGGCUUGUACCGUGGUGUGGCUCCUCGUAUUGGUUUGGGUGUGUGGCAGACGGUGUUCAUGGUGGCCUUUGGUGAUAUCUUCAAGAAGAUGUUGAACACCGAUGGUGCUGGCCAUUAA